AUGUCCGCCUUUGCAGCCCCCGACGACCCGGAUGCCCAAGAUAACUCCUUCACCGAAGACGACCCCGCAACCACCACCCCUCCCAUCCCGCAGGAGCAACACAUGAGCUCCGACGCGGAAGCUUCCCACGGCCGCAGCCGCUCCAACAACCCACUGCUGGGUAAUGAUAACCCGCUCGUUUCUGAGCUGGAGCAGGAAGUCCUGGACGAGUAUUCACGGCUACUGCGGAAUGUGAAUCAGCUCUCUGAGAAAGUCUCCGAUCUCGCCGGCUCCCCGGCUUCUAUGACUCUCGAUGGCAUGCGGCUCCUCGAGCGGAAGACGGCGACUGUGUGCACUCUACUCAAAGCUAGUGUUUACAGCAUUGUCUUGCAGCAGCAGAUCUGGAAUGAGGACCAGGAACAGCAGCAACAGCAGCAGACUGAGCAGGACCAGUUCCAGGAUACGGAGUUCCACCAUGGUGGGGGUUAUGAGGGGGAUGGGGACGUGACAUUCCAGUGA